AAACCUUUUGGAUACCAACUUGUAGUUACGGCAAAUUUGGCCUUUCUUUAUUGUCAACUAUCCGGACUUGUGUCCUGAGAUUCUGAGAAGAAUUUCCUUUGACCAACUCUGCAUUUUGGACUCAAUUAGUGCACUGGUGUUUGAUAAAGUAGCUCCAUGGAGAACAAGUGCGCAAUCAAGAAAGAUGUUACUGAAUUGAUAGGCAAUACACCGAUGGUGUAUCUCAACAAUGUUGUGGAUGGUUGUGUAGCCCAUAUUGCUGCCAAGCUAGAGACAAUGGAACCCUGUGCUAGUGUCAAAGAUAGGAUUGCAUUUAGUAUGAUCAAAGAUGCAGAGGAUAAGGGCUUAAUUAUGCCAGGAAAGACUGUCCUCAUAGAGAUUACCAGUGGUAACACGGGCAUUGGAUUGGCCUCCAUUGCAGCAGCAAGAGGCUACAAAAUUAUCAUUAUAAUGCCAUCAACGUAUAGUAUCGAGAGAAGAAUCGUGCUGCGAGCUUUUGGAGCUGAGAUACAUCUUGUUGAUCCAGCAAUAGGCUUUGAAGGGAUUGUGAAAAAAGCCGAUGAGAUACUAAAUAACACUCCAAAUGGUUUUGUGCUUCAGCAAUUUGAAAAUCCUGCCAAUCCUAAGAUUCAUUAUGAGACCACUGGACCAGAGAUAUGGAAAGACUCAGGAGAGAAAGUUGAUGCCCUUAUUGCAGGGAUAGGGACCGGUGGUACAAUAUCUGGUGCUGGGCAAUUCCUCAAAGAGAAGAACCCAAGUAUUAAGGUAUACGGAGUAGAGCCAUCCGAAAAUGCAAUCUUGACUGGAGGACCACUUGGCAAACAUCUGAUCCAGGGUAUAGGUGCUGGUAUCAUCCCUGGUACUUUGGAUGUCAACAUACUUGAUGAAGUUAUUACAGUAUCAAGCGAGGAAGCUAUAGAAACAGCUAAGCUGCUUGCUCAGAAAGAAGGUUUACUGGUUGGGAUAUCAUCCGGUGCUGCUGCAGCUGUUGCUAUACGGUUGGCAAAGAGGCCUGAAAAUGCUGGGAAACUCUUUGUUAUUGUUUUCCCCAGUGCUGGAGAGCGUUAUCUAUCUACAGCGCUGUUUGACUCCAUUAGGCGUGAAGCAGAAUCAAUGACCAUUGAUUGAGAUGAUACUCAAGUGUAGAAAGUAUUAUCUACCCUUUGAUCUCCACUACCUGAAACAAGGACAAUCUUCCUUGUAUUUUGUAUUGUGACCUAGAACAAACAUGUUGAUACAAAAUAAAAGUGGAUGAAUCAGAGGUCCGAAAAGUUGUUUUCGACAACUUUUGUUAGUUGUCCAUAAUAAGGAUGGUAGCUGCCGGCUUUUGUAUCUUUCCGUUGUAUUUGUGGCAUUGUUCUAAUAAAAGUCUAUUUUGAUA